ACUCUACUGAAGAGGAAAGACUUAUCUUGUGUGUUCACCUGUUCAUUUUUCAGCUUCAGGAAACCUGGCACUGCGAAGGGAAGUUUGUUUAUGGUAGAUAACUAACUUUUGGAAUAAAGACCCUGAAAGUAGGCUGCUGUUAGCAGUCUAAGACAUAUUGCGGGCUGGUUCUGAGAGAGGCUCUCUGCGGCUUUCAGCCAAUCAGCAGAAGCCUUCAAAGUGGCAACCCUGCCCUGCCCCCGUGCGAUGCCGGAGAGUGACACGUGGACAGGCGGCGUUGCCAUGGAAACGAUGACCAGCAUGGACAGUGCGGGAAGCUGCGACAGUGUUGUCAGCGUCAAUUCCGUCUUUAGUGAUGAUAGUCUGGAGCACCUUUCGCCUGAGGAGCGGGCAUGUCUGAUGUUCCUGGAGGAGACCAUAGAGUCCCUGGAGGCUGAGGAGGACAGUGGCCUUUCCACCGAUGAGCCGGAGGACCGUCUUCCUAUGCCUAACAGCUUGGUUGCCAAGAUGGUCCAGCGCACCUCCUCCAUGGGUCAGAGCAGGAUGGAUGAUGUAUCAAAUAAUCCCUACAAUCAUCCCAUGAAGGACCACAAGGCCUCUAGCUACCUAGUGCCAUCUCCAUUGGUCCUGGCUAACAAUGGCUCCAGCACCCUGCCCAAAGCUGGGGUGGGUGUGGGGGCAGGGACUGACCCCUUACCAGCCACAACCCCCCGCCUGACCGACCUUCCACCAGACAGGGUUGACCUGGUCCACCUGCCCAUUAAUGUCAGCCCAGACAUUGACCCCGGCCAGGGUAACGUGUUGGUGAUCCCCCCUCCAACGGACUUCAGGGAUGAGCCAGUUGAGCAGGAGGACCUUCCGGGAGGCAGCACACCUUUGCUCAGGCGACCGCUGUCCCAGGGAGACAUUAUGCAGCUUCUCAGGAAGUCUGUGUCAAAGGACGAGGCUAAGUUGCUCACUGUUACCCACGAUGACCAAUCCCACAACGGCAACAGCCCUCCUUCUCCUUCUGAGACCCCGCCAGCAUCCCCUUAUGAUUUUGAUGAACCAAAGAACCACCCGCCGGCUGUGGCCCCCAAGCCAAAACGACUCCCUUCCAACAUCAUCCUAAAGACCUCAAAAGGUCCCAUUCCCAGCCCAGUGUCCAGCCCAGACCACAGCACCAGCUCCUCCUGUACGUCGCCCAACGAUAAGAUCCUAAUGGACCCCCAGAAGGUGCGGAUGGAGGCCCUCCGAAAACUGGGCCUGCUGAAGGAUGACGAGGUAGAUUCGGGUCCCACCCACAGCACCCCCCCAUACUCUCCCAAAUUGCACAGGUCCUGGGAGCACACCCCUUCGCUGGUAACCCCUGCCUCCACAGACCCACCCCAGAUUGACAUACCUAAAGCCCAGUCCUCGCCCAACCUGCCCCGAGCUAAGGAGGCCCAGCAGCCCAAAUUCCAUGGAGAGUAUCGAGAGCGCUCAAGCAGUGAGCUCCCCAGUGUCACUCGACCAUCUCGCACCAUCUCCACGGGUGAAAAAUCUGCCACUCUUGAGCGCAUGGGUUCUGGCCUCAGUUAUUCGUCCAUGGGCCAGAUUUCCACCAGCUCUGGCCAGGAUAAGGGCCUGCCUAAGUCCCUUGAGAUGGACUCCCUCAGCCAGCUACGCAACACCCGGCCUCGCCCAGCCUCCCUGGGAAACGGGAAGGACUUCAGGACCAUUCAGGGGGACGCUCCCCGGACAGCUGCCCCUGGCACUGCUGUAGCCAAGCCCCCUGAGUUUGGGGAUGGUGUCAGGCACCUGCAGGCCAGCAGCUCUCAAAAGCUCCCACGCUCCCAGGGGGUCAGCGUGCUGAUCACACCCCGGAGCAAGUCUGGCGAGGACCGCCGUGAAGCCCUGCGGAAGCUUGGUUUGCUCAAGGACUGAGCCCCCGGGCGUGGGGCUCUACACCCUCCCCAAACUGAGCCCCAGCCAUAUGGACAAGCCCCAUUCUGAAAGAUGGGUGCACUGUGACUCCCUAUCCACUUCGCUACUGUCGAGACUGCCAUGAGAGAUCACUGCAGAGUUUGGGGAGAUAAGACAACAUACAGUAUGUCUAUGUACAGGAGAAUGUGCCUUUUGCUUUGAUAGCACGCUGAUGCUAUCUGUCAAACUGCCUUCAAUGGACGACGCAUACUAUCUGAGAUGUAGAAGUAUGUACAGUAAAGUAUGUAUAGCAUUUUGGUCUUUAUAACUACUGUGAAUUCGACUAUAUUUGUACAAUCAAAUGUUAAAAUUUCGAUUUUCUAAAUAAACAGCAUCAUGAAGCAGCA